CCGUAAAGAUGACAAGGAACGGCACGUCGUAGGUCAGGUGGCGUCGGUUGCCUUGCCCUCAAAAUUAAAAAUUCCCCUAUUUACCCCCCCUUUCCCUCCCCUCUCUCCCCCUUUCUCUUCAUUCCAUUCCCCUUUUUUUUUCCCUCUUUCUCUUCAUUCUAUUCCCCUUUUUUUCCCUUUCCCUUUCCCUCUCUGCGAAGGAAUUAACACUGAGUGUACGAGAUCGAUGAGGACACUUUGCCCGAAUCUCGACCGGGAAGACGGGCUGGAGACGGUGCUGGAAGUCCCCAUACCGGAGGAGAUGUUCCCCGGCAACAAGGGCUCCGGCCGCCACCCGUGGCAGUCCAUGAUGAAGUCUUGGAUGAAGCCCCAAUCCGCCCCCUCCUCCGUCUUCGGCGGCCGCACCGCCCAGAUUCAGCUCCUUCUCAGCGUCGCCGGAGCCCCCCUCGUCCCCCUCACCAUUCCCUCCGACCACUCUUGCAACUCCAAAAUCAACGAUCACCCCAUCGAGGCAUCAAUGGCGAAGUACAUUGUGAAGCAGUACAUAGCGGCGGCGGGAGGGGAGGAGGCGAUAAGCGGAGUGGAGAGCAUGUACGCAAUGGGGAAGGUGAAGAUGGCGGCGUCGGAGUUCACGCCGGGGAGCGGGGAGGGCGGCGGAGAAGGGAGGGUGGCGGCGGCGGCAGGGAAGAUGAAGAUCUUGAGAGGGGGCGGUGGGGAAAUGGGAGGGUUUGUGCUGUGGCAGCGGCGGCCGGGGCUGUGGAGCCUGGAGCUGGUGGUUUCCGGGUGCAAGAUUAGCGCGGGGUGCGACGGGAAGGUGGCGUGGCGCCAAACUCCAUGGCAGAACUGCCAUGCUUCUCGUGGGCCCCUUCGUCGCUCUUUACAGGGGCUUGACCCAAGAUCAACGGCGAAUCUAUUCUCAGACGCCAUCUGCACGGGGGAGAAGACGGUGAACGGGGAAGACUGCUUCGUGUUGAAGCUAGAAGCCGAAGCCCAGAGCUUAAAAGCUAGAAGCUCAAGCAAUGUGGAAAUGAUAAAGCACACACUUUGGGGGUAUUUUAGUCAAAGAACAGCCAUGCUAGUGCAGCUAGAAGACACCCACCUGCUCAAGAUCAAGUCCUCCGAGAACGACUACGUGUAUUGGGAGACGACAAUGGAGUCGUCGGUCAAAGACUACCGCGCGGUCAACGGGGUCAACAUCGCCCAUUCGGGCAGGACGUCCGUCUCCCUCUUCAGGUUCGGGGAAAACGAGGACGCGAGCACCCGAACCCGAAUGGAGGAGGUUUGGAGCAUCGAGGAAGUGGACUUUAACAUUAAGGGCCUCUCGAACGACUGUUUCUUGCCCCCGAGUGACUUGAAGGACGAACGCCACGUGGGCCCCACGAAGAAAGACGCUACGGUGGAGAGUUGGAUGGGGAUGAAACUCAAAUCGAGUAACAACGGCAGUAAGGCGAACUCGGGGAAAGGGGUGAGGAUUGUGGCCAUUGAUGAGUAUGAUGUGGAGGAUUGAAGAGGUGAGGGCUAGUAAAUAUAUAUAGUGAAAUUUGCACUAAAUAGGACUAAAACAUAAUGACUUUCCUAAUAUAGGACUUAAACUUUUUUAUUCUCUAAAUAGAACUUAAUAAUGUCUUCGUGGAAGGAAUAAUACCCAGCAAUGAUAGACAUUACUUGAAUAAUGACUAAAGAAUAAUGACCAAAGGUCCUACAUUCGGAAAUAAAAAUAUAUGGUCCUAUUUUGGGAAAUUCAUUAUGUUUUAGUCCUAUUAAGAUAAAUUACUCAUAUAUAUAUACCUAUGUAUAAGUGACACAUAACAAGCUGAGUUUAUGUCAUUUUGGAUUCUUGAUGUACUUAUUAUAUGCUCUGGUCAUUUUUGUAUAUAAAGACCAUAGGGAGAGUAUGUCAUGAUUUUACAUAUAUUUGAAAACUUAAUUAGUGACAUAUAUCAUAGGAAAUAUUAAAUGAUUAGAUGUGUG